GCGCCAUCUUGCAUCGCGGGGAGUAGUUUUAGUCGAAAUGGACCGGUGUUAGGCGCAGGGAUUGAUGGACCCAGAAACUGUUAUCACACAAGUAAAAAAAGAAGACGGCAAUGUCAAAGGACAUCCGGAGAAUGGCCAGCUGCCAGCCGCCCGGGUGAGGAAGCCGCGCGGCCUGCUGCGCUCGCUGCUCUGCUGUCUGGGCCGCGAGCAUGGCUCCCGGCCGCCCACGCCGCCGCCGCCCGGUCCCGGCGAGAGGGUGGCGCCGGCGCCGUCGGCCGGCCCGCCGCCGCCAGGCCUCCUGCUGCCGCCCGUCCGACACCAGGACAUGGGCAGGGUCUGCCUGGUGAUCGACCUGGACGAGACGCUCGUGCACAGCUCAUUCAAGCCGAUCCCGAACGCCGACUUCAUCGUGCCGGUGGAGAUCGACGGCGCCGUUCACCAGGUGUACGUGCUGAAGCGGCCGCACGUCGACGACUUCCUGCAGAAGAUGGGCGACAUGUUCGAGUGCGUUCUCUUCACCGCCAGCCUCGCCAAGGUGCUGUAUGAGAACCUCUGCAUGAAGGCCGUCAACCAGUCGAUCGGCCGCGCCAUCCGCCACCGGUGA